GAGCAGCAUUUUUAUCGUUCCCCAUCAACGCCAGUGCGCACGCGUCUUUGGACUUCCUCUAUCUUCUUUCGCCCACCGUCUGAACCUUCCGAAGUCGUCGCCCGUGAACUCUGAAAAAACACUCCCAAGAAGAAAAGCGAAGGAAGACGUUUCGCCUACGCAACUCCCUCCUCCUCCGUCGAGCCAUGUCGGCGGCGCGAUACGACGUGGCCAGCGAGCCGACCGCAGAGGUGCUGGCACAGAACUACAAAUCGUUGACGGACGCCAUCGCGCAGGAGAGCGCAGGUCGCCGCGUGACGCUGGUGGCGGCGAGCAAGACGAAGUCCCCCGCCUGCCUGCGCACGCUGUACGAUCUCGGUCACCGCGACUUUGGCGAGAACUACGUGCAGGAACUGACGGAGAAGAGUCAGGAGCUGCCGACGGAUCUCGUCUGGCACUUUAUCGGUCAUUUGCAGGGCAAUAAGGUGAAGGAGCUGCUGGAGGGGGCGCCAAACUUGUGCGUGGUUCAAACCAUCGACAGCAGCAAGCUGGCCAGCAAACUCAACGAAGGCUGCGCCAAGUACCGCGAGGGACGGCCGCUGACGGUGUACAUUCAGGUGAACACAAGCGGUGAAGAAACGAAAAGCGGGACGGAGCCGGGGGAGCCGACGGUGGCCCUGGCGAAGUACAUCGCACAGGAGUGCCCGCUGCUGCAGCUGAAGGGGCUGAUGACGAUCGGUAUGCCGGACUACACAAGUCGGCCGGAGAACUUCGAAUGCUUGACGAAGUGCCGCGAGGAUGUGGCCGCGGCGGUCGACGUGCAACCGGCGCAGUUGGAGCUGUCGAUGGGCAUGAGCGGGGACUUCGUGAACGCCAUCCGCAUGGGGUCGACGACGGUACGUGUCGGCACGUACAUUUUUGGCACUCGCUACUACCCUCCAAAGUAG